UUUAACAACGCGGUUUUGUUUUGUUUUUUGCAUUUGAUUUUAGCCGCAUUUUCUGCUGGUAAACGGCACAAUUUAAGAUUAAAGUGACAGAACUGCUCCAGCCACCAUGUCGGCGGACUAUUCGCAUCUGUGCUCCGCCAUCCUGGAGCAGUGCUUCGGCCAGGUGGUUCAAUCGGUGGCCGACUGUCUCUUCCUGGCCAAUACGCGAACGCUGGGGCAACUGGUCAGCGCCACCAAGUUAUCUCGCAAGGAAGUGGGACUGGCGCUGGCGGUGCUCGUCAAGUUCCGACUUGUGGACUUCGAGGCCUCCAAGCUAAAUCCCUCCCUUGCCGAGUACGCGCUCCGGCGCGAGGAUAUCAUCUCCCUGCUUCGGUAUCCGCGUUACGUUCACUUGGUGCAGACAAAGUAUGGAAAUGUGGGCGCCUCCAUCGCCGAGGAGCUUAUCAAUUCCGGAUCGGAUACGGCCACUGGCAUACUGAUCAAGUGUCUGGCCGAGGGCGAAAAUAAGGCCGAGAGUCCAGAAUCCUAUAGGAACACCUUCCUCACCAUGAUUACAGAUCACUAUAUCAUUAAGAGGCCCGAGCUUCUAGUUUCCGAUGACCAGGAUGAGGUAGUGCCAAAAUUCGAGAGCAACGAGUGCGACUUUUUCCGGCAUCCCAACAUCGAUCUUCAGCUGCUGGCCAAAAUACGCAAAGGAGAUGCCACACUGGCGGAAGCCAAGGACAGUACCAUGGUGUGGAACCUGAACUAUGAUCGCUUUCAUCAGGACUUUCGUGACGCGAUCAUGGUGGACGCUAUUGAACGUAAAAUGGGCGAGAAUGCAGCCGAGUGUUUCCGGUUCAUACUGAAAAUUAUGUACAAUACCACAGAUCCAUGGCAGCGUAAACUUUCCAACCAAAUAACGUUUGUGGAAAUUAAGCAGGCCAUCGAGAAAAGGUCGAAUAAUCUAGAUCUAAUGAAGUACUUGGAUCAGUACAUAAGUUUGUUAACUGACGAUUCAAUGGGCUUCUUUAGAAGAGUGGGAGACAUGGGCGGCGGCCUUUAUGUCGUGGACAUGGAACACGCCUUUGAGUCGCUUGCCUUUGCCUGCGUGGAAUCCGUCAUUACCGAACGUUUCGGCUCUAAGGCUGCCCGCAUCUUUCGUGUAAUCCGCUGCAAGAAAUACAUCGAGCAGGAGGAUCUGCAAAAGGAGGCCAUGAUACCCUCCAAAGAGGCCAAGUCGUUGGCCUACAACUUGUUCCAGGAGCAGUUCAUUCACGUCAAGAUCAUUAAAAAGCCCGGCGGAGGCAGCAAUGGCCCCGCCAAAGCCUUCUACCUCUUUCAGGUCAAAGAGAAAGAUACGGUAAGAAUGCUUCUGGAUGCUAGCUACAAGUCACUCUACAACACCAUCGAACGUUCCAACUUUGAAAAGAACGAGCACAAAGGUCUCAUUGAGAAAUCCCAGAGGCUAGACAGCAUAGUGGAGACCAUGAAGGAGCGUGGCGAUUCCGAGGAGUAUAUCGCUGAGAUCGUCGAGACAUUUACGCCACCCGAGGUCGAGAUCCUGAAUAAGGUAAAAAACAGGAUAAAGACAUUGUCGAAAGCUGAACUUACCCUGGACGAUACCAUUUUCCUGCUGCAAAUGUACCAACACCAUUGCACUUCGCUGCCCACGGGCAUUCGGAGGUUUAAAUAAAAAUCAAAGGUAAUUAAUACGA